AUGAACUCGGUACAGGAGAAAGCGAUACAGCAAGAGGCUGCGGAUGCAGCUCGAAGUGGCAAUGCAUCCAGACUCCGGGAUUGUCUAACCCGUGGCGCCAAUUUGUGGUAUGACUGUGUUUUCGGGUUCGGUCUGGAGAGUGGUGAUGUCGCAAUUUUCCAGACCACUCUUGAUUUUGGCGCGGACAUCAAUGAAGACAUGGGUCAUAACGGCACCCCCUUAAUCGCGGCCUUGCGAUAUAAUCAUCACGAACUCUUGGAAUUCCUCUUUUCAAAAGGCGUUGACCCCAACAAGGGACACUGGGGACACUGGCUACCUCCCCUGUCAGUGGCUGUGCGGUUCACAAAAGAUGUCAAAUGGGUACAGCGUCUGUUGGAGGCCGGUGCUAAGGUUAAGGAAUCUGGCGCCCUGCACUUUGCUGCGUUUCAGAGUGACCUGGCAAGGAUGAAGCUCCUCCUGGAUUAUGGGGCAGAUGUUAAUGAGAUUCCACCCUUUCCUCUUUAUGGUGCUAAGCCUUCUAUCAUCCAUACAAAGAAAGGAACACCUGUCCAUUGGGCCAUUGCAGGCGAACAUCUUGGGGCUGUGCGACUCCUAUGCCGGUAUGAACCAGACCUCACCAUCCAGGAUGAAGAUGGCGCUACUGUCAUGGACUGUUUGGAUUCUUUCAUUGCGAAGCGGGCUGCAGCCUGA